CGUAAGACGUCCGCAAGAACACGAAUGAAAACAAAAACAUAGCAGACGGUGACUGUAAAAUUAAAUUCAGCAUUAUUUGCCUGCUUUCAGUCAGGAUACAACUUCGGCGUGGCACGAUGGAGCCGAUUGCGCGUCAUGUUGAUAGCGAUAGCAAACACGACACGCUAGUGCUGUGAUGACGACGGCUUGUGUAAAAUCCUGCCACAUGAAAUAACGUCGCUUAACUGAGAAAACCAUUCAACUGCUUCCUUUGCAAAGAUGGAAACUGAAGUUUACGGCAGCUUGGCUGCGUUGGGCUGUUUGUGUUUUUUCAUCCACCGGGUCGCGUCGCGAGCACAGCCGACCCUUCAGGCGUCCAACCCAGACUUCCUGCGCUUCCAGCGACUUUUCUUCAUAGUCUACUUCCCAGCCCUUUUCUCUGACUGGUUGCAAGGCCCCUACGUGUACAAGCUGUACAGCUACUAUGGCUUUGCUGAGUCGCAAAUCGCCGUGCUCUAUGUCGUGGGUUUUGCUGCCAGCAUCUUGUUCGGCACCAGCACUGGACCGCUGGCCGACCGGUUCGGCCGCAAACUUAUGUGUGUCUGCUUUGCUGUGCUCUACUCCAUCUGCUGCUUCACCAAGCUCAGCCCAGAAUAUUUUGUCCUGCUCUUCGGGAGGAUCUUGGGCGGAAUUUCCACAUCAAUGCUUUUCUCAAGUUUUGAGGCUUGGUAUGUUUACGAGCACAGAGAGCACCACGGAUUCCCUGUGGAGUGGAUCUCGUCAACGUUCAGCAAAGCCACCUUCUACAACGGCCUCCUGGCCAUAAUAGCAGGCAUCGUGGCCAACUUUGCCGCCGAGACUUUGUCGUGGGGUCCGGUAGCGCCGUUUAUGCUCUCUGUGCCGUGCUUGGUCGUUGCUGGAAUAGGGGCUGGAUACUAUUGGCCAGAAAAUCGGGGCUCGGUGAACCCUGAGCCUGGCCUCUCGUGCAUGAAGGGUCUCAGGUACAUUCUCUCAGACCCAACGACCCUGCAGCUCGGUAUGGUGCAAGCGCUAUUUGAGGCUGUUAUGUACAUUUUUGUAUUUCUUUGGACUCCGAUGCUGGAGCCAGCCAGGCCGCCCCUGGGGCUCGUCUUCUCUUGUUUCAUGGUUGCCAUCAUGAUUGGCUCUUCGAUUUACUCGAUUUGUACUUCAAAGUUGGUGAAAUCGGAGCAGGUGCUGCUGGCUGCGUGCGGACUGGCACUGUGCUGCACGCUGGUGUGCGCCUACUCAUCAGGGGCGCCGAUCAUCUCGCUGGGCGCAUUCAUCCUGCUGGAGGUGUGCGUGGGCAUGUACUACCCUGCGAUCGGGUCGCUGCGUAGCCAGGUGGUGCCGGAGCAGUACCGCGCUAACAUCAUCAACUGGUUCCGCGUGCCCAUGAACCUGAUCACAUGCGGAGGCCUGCUGUGGUUGCACUCUGGCACGGAGAACAACGCCGAGACCAACCGCCACAUGUUCCUCAUGUGCACCGUGGUGCUGGCGGGCGCCACCUACGUGGCCUAUUGUUUCUGCCAACGCUUCAAAUCGACGCCGACAGUGGCCCUGAUCCAGGAAGAACCCCUGCUCAAGAGCUCGGAGGAGCCGUGAACACAUGGCCGGAUUUCCAGAAAGAGAAACUGACAAUGAGUUUGGAGUGUACGUGUGAGUUACUUGUUUCGGCAACGUGAUUAUUUAUAUAAGAGAGACAGAAACUAUUUGCACAAAUUAUUGAUUACAGCAAACCAACAAAGUGAUUUGUUAGAGAAUUUAAACUUGUUGGUUAAAAUAUUAAGAAUGAGGUGGUUGACUUAUAUAUUAUGAGUUUAAUCUGGAUUGACAAAUUCAAAGUAAUCAUGUGAAACAGCCGCUGAAAAUGUGAUAGGCAAACCGACUUAAGGGAGGAAAUAUGCAAGAUUCAGUUUCUUCAUCUGAUUAAAAGAACGUCCCUCCUUCCUACAAAUUAGCACUGCAUUGCUCGCUUUCUGUUUUUCGCUAGCUUUGAAGCAUGUGUUAUUUAUUGUAACAUAAUCAUUAAAAUUUUAUUGAAUAGUUGAA